AUGGACAAGAAGGACAAGGCCAAGGCAGCGGCUGCCGUGCGGUCGCCGGCUUCUCGCCCUCCGGGUCUUGCGACCCCCAGGCCCCCAGGGUCUCCUCGGCCUCCUCCCCCAGUCACCGCCGCAGCCCUUCGAGUUUUGGGAGCCACGGGAGCUAUGGGAAGAAGGCCCCUGGCGGAACGAGGUGGGGGCGUCAGCGGAGCCGCUGUUCCGGAGGCUGCAGCCCGAGUGGCACCGACUCGGAGCGCUGGAGCAGGUCCGCGGAGCCCAGCCUCCAGGCCCGCAGCUGCUGGGAGAGGGGAAAGGGCCUCUGCCAAGACCCCAGGCCAGGGCUCUAUCUCCAGCCAGGGGCGUGCCAGCGGGACCGCCAGGCCAGGCCCUGUUGGACAGAAGGGGCUCAAGCCUCCAGCUGAGGAACCUGUGGCCAGAGGAAAAACCCCAGAAGCACCCAAAAAGAGUGUCCUGAGCUCUGGAGCACGAAAGGACUCUUCAGGGCCCACCUCAGGAGCCUCCUCCCCAGCCAUCGCCCGGAGGUCCAAGGCUAUGGGCACAGAAGCAGGACUCCCCCGAACAGCUGCAAGUGCCCGGCCACGUCCUCCAACUGAGUUGCCCAGGAAAUCAGUGAGCAGUGCAACAGAACACAGUACCACAGAGCCCAGCCCAGCCGCCAGGAGGCGCCCCAAUGCUGGUGGGAGCCUCCAAAAGCCGGCCUCUCGUCCCCUGGGCUCCAAUGCUACUCCACUGUCCUCCCCAGCUCGUUCUGGGGCUUUGGCCCGUGGUACUCCGCGAGCUCCUGCACAUACCUCGCAGCCCAAGUCCAAAGGACUGCACACUCUACGCCCUCUGCAGGCCACAUCAGCGAGAAAGGACGCAGCCUCAGUGCAGGGCCUGGUAUCUCCUCCUCCUUUGGCCACGUCCUCACCACCUGGUUCCACAGUACAACAGGCACCACUUCCCCAAGUCUCCGGGGCUCCCCUGCUGGCCACACUCCCUCCCUCUCCACCCACCACACCACCUCCACCUGCAUUGCUGAAUCUUCCUGCCACAUCCUCCCCACAGGUCACGCCCCAUUCACAGACACUAACCGGCCCGACAGCCACGCCCCUUUCUUUAUCCACGGAUGCUCCACUCUCUUUGCAGACUCUCCCCUCUCCACCGGCCACGCCUCCCCUGCAAGCUCCACCCACAUGCCAGGAUAUAGCCUUUCCUCCAGAGGCCUCGGUCUCCCUGUUGCCCAUGGCUACAUCAGUUUCACCWCCUCGGCAGAAUGUGCUUUCCACCCAGGCUUUGGCUUGGUCCCCUCUUCCGACUCCCUUGGCCACACCUCCUUUGUCCGCUCCUCAACCUUUAGCCAUGGCCCCUCUACAAGCCCCUAUUUCUCCRCCAGUAUCUCCACAGAAUCCCUCCUCUCCCUUGACCAUGCCCUCUCUGCCAGCCCUUUCCACUCUGACUGUGAGCCCUCCACUGGCUCCUCCCUCUCCCGUGGCCACUCCCCCACAGGCUCUGCCCUCACUGUCCUCACCCAUUCUGCAGACCCCUGCCUCGCCCCCUCCGCAGGUUCCACGCCGCCCCCCGACCCCAGGUCCAGAUGCUUCCACUUCGGGUCCACGGCUGACCCUGGCACUGGCCCCCGCCGCGCCGCCGCCACCUUCGCGCAGCCCGUCCAGUACAUUGAGCGGCCCGGACCUGGCCGGCCACAGUAGCAGCGCCACAAGCACGCCCGAGGAGCUGCGCGGCUACGACAGCGGGCCCGAAGGUGGCGCCGCAGCCUCCCCACCUGCAGACGCGGAGCUCGCAGCCUGCCACCCGGCCGCCUGGAGCCGAACUUCGGCUCCACCACUGGCAAUCCGCGGCGCGCCAGGAUCGGCCCUGCCGUGGCCUCCAGUUGCCGGGCCUGGCUCAACUGAUGGUCUGUGCACCAUCUAUGAGGCGGAAGGGCCCGAGUCGGCGACUCCCACACCAGGAGCACUGGAUCAGGGGCCCGAGUCCGGCGCUGGUGGUGGGAAGGCUGCGACCGGGUCCGGGACUGGGGUGUCCUCGCGGAGCCCAAAGCUUGCGCGCCUGGGAGAGCUGCCGCUGGGGGCGCUGCAGGCUAGCGUCGUUCAGCACCUGCUGAGCCGGACGCUGCUGCUGGCGGCGGCCGAGGGUACUGCGGGAGGCAGCGGCAGUGGUCCAGGGGGUGCGGGAGGUGGUGGUGUCACCGGGAGCUCCCGAGCUCCGCUCAGCGACGCYGAACUGGGCCGCUGGGCCGAACUCUUGUCUCCUCUUGACGAAUCCCGUGCCAGCAUCACUUCGGUCACCAGCUUCUCUCCAGAUGACGUGGCCUCCCCACAGGGUGACUGGACUGUGGUGGAAGUGGAGACUUUCCACUAA